UGGUGCUGACGUUAGCUCCCACUGCGAUUGUUUACGCUCAGACUCAUGUAAAGUAGGUCAUGGAGGAGCGACACUUAGCCUGUCUCUCAUCCAACUGUCCACAAUCAUUUAAGUUACUGUAGGUGUCUUCGAGCUGCGGCAGCAUCUCUGCGGGAAUCUAUAUUUUGCGAGCUGGUUGUGAAAAACGCGCAGCAGCUGGACUGAUGUUCCUCUUUUAUCAUUUUGCCUAAACCUGAACUGACCUGUCAGGCUACUUUCUACACCGUGAGUUGCUACCAUGUCUCGACGAAGCAGGAACAGUCGUGCUUGGAGAUAUGUCUGGGGAGGGAUUCGGCGGGAUGCUGAUGCCCGGGCGCUUGUGCUGGCCUCUGAAAGUGAAGAAUGGAACUAUGAACGCCUAGAGUACAGUGAUUCUGACUCAGAGGCGGACUUUUCAGCUGUGAUGGUCCCUCCAGUUCCCAGUGCGGUGCCUGUGACCGGAGAGUCCUACUGUGGCUGCGAUUCCCAGGCUGAGACCAACUACAACUCUCGCCUGCGAGGUUUCCACCAAGUAAAAGACUGCCAUUGUGGAGAAGAUGACCAAGAAUUUGACUGGGUGUGGGAUGUCAACAGCCGAUCGACGGCAACAUUACUGAGCUGCGACAAUCGCAAAGUGAACUUCCACUCUGAAUACAGCUGUGGCACAGCUGCGAUUCGUGGAUCCAAAGAGCUGGCUGAAGGGCAGCACUUUUGGGAAAUUAAGAUGACGUCCCCAGUGUAUGGAACAGACAUGAUGGUAGGCAUUGGUACUUCUGAUGUCAACCUAGACAAAUACAGACACACGUUCUGCAGUCUGCUGGGCAAAGAUGCAGACAGCUGGGGUCUCUCUUACACUGGUUUGUUGCACCAUAAAGGAGACAAGAUGAACUUCUCCUCUCGGUUCGGACAGGGGUCCAUUAUUGGAGUCCAUCUAGACACGUGGCAUGGCACACUUACUUUCUUCAAGAAUCGAAAGUGUAUAGGUGUUGCAGCCACAGAGCUACAGAAUAAGAAGUUCUAUCCAAUGGCCUGCUCCACUGCAGCGAAAAGCAGCAUGAAGGUGAUCAGGUCGUGCUCGGCACCCACCUCGCUGCUCUACCUUUGCUGUGCUCGCCUCCGCCAGCUGCUGCCAGACUGUAUAGACACCCUAGAUGUAUUGCCACUGCCACCAGGUCUUCGUCACUUACUCCACCAUAAAUUGGGUUGGGUGCUCAGUCUCAAUUGUGGUACCACAGAAGAAACUCCAGAUGGGCCUGAAUGUCCCUCACAAUCACCCGUCCCGGCCUUGGCUGGACCGUCAUCCUCCGAGAGCGAUUCAGAGGGUUGCACGUCAGACCCUGAAGCCUGUCAGAGGAAAAGAUGCCGCUGGACUUGACGGGAGAGAUUGAAUCCUACCUCCUCUGAAACACUGGCCGAGGUUACUGUCCCACGGCUUCUAACAUAGUGUUACUCCAUCUGCUUCAAGCUUUCCUCUGCAUCACUGUUUCGGGGUGUUUGAGAGAGUAACAAGGUUCAUUGAAGCAGAGACAGUGGUAUGUAGAUGGUGAACUGUAACAGCAGAAAUUCUCCCUGCAAAUUUUAUUACUGUGAUCUUCUCUUAAAUGCCAUUAAAUUGUCUUCAUGCUCAUAAUUUACUCAAAAACAAUAAGUGAAAAGAUGGAAAGAUGGUGUUUUGUUAGCGAUAUCUUUUUUUUUUUUUGCUAUUGAUCAGUGGCAAUGAGAUUAAUUAUGCAGGUUAAAUUGUACAUUGAGACACUGAAGUAAUAUAUGGCCAGAUUUUGGUCAUCAUCAUAGUAUAUUUGCAAAAAAAGAGAGACUGUAAAUGUAUAUUCUGUGUGUUUUGUCAUGUAUGCAAAUAACGUUUAUUGUUUUCAACCUAAAUGCGAUCCAUGCAUUAUCACAGUGAUCUGUUACCUGUUCAACUGGCAUCUCUUGAUUUUAUGUUCAGAUUCCAAAGUGAGAAUCAGUUGGUAUGAUUUCUUACCUGCAGGUCACGGCUCUUUAACAAACUGUGAAAAUACUCAACACAGGACGUGUAAGGAACAAGAGUGCACUUUACAGCUUUUAGUGAAUCAUCUCCAAGCAACUGAAACACAUUGAAUUGUUGAUCACGUUAAUGAUAAACAUUAUGAGAUGAGUAUUUAACAUUAAUGGCUGCAUCAAGCUUUCACCAGCUUUUCAAAAGUCUGCAAAGUCAUGCUUGUUGUUUAUACAAAUUAUGGAUUUCCUCUUUCUAAAAGAUGUAACCAGUGUACAUUGUCCUUUUACUCAGAUGAGACCUCUACACAUUUUAUGUAACUUUUAUUGCGAUUAUAUCUUUGUAGUCUUUUUUUAAAAUGUUUAUUUGAUUGACAAAAGAUUUUAAUGUUAGUUUUUUUUCCUCUGAAAUGUUUAUGCAAUUUAAUUUUUUGUUGGUCAGACUGUUUCCUCAACAGCUGUGCUUAAUUCUCAAUCACUCACUGCAGCAUAUAGCAUAAUUACAUGUGGCUAAAACAUGAUUUAAAUUGCUUUGAUACUUUUUGGUAAUGAACUCAACCAUAACAACUAGUGGUCAAUGUUUCUCUGGUGAAACUUUAAUGAAAUAUAAAUAUUGUUGCUGUCACCCGUUUAGCUACAGGGGCUGAGUGGUUUAUACCAAUUUAAACAUGAGUGAGUAGGGUUAGAUAUUCAGUAUAAAUAUAUUUGUUUAAACCUCUUCAGACUGCCAAACCAUGACAAUGUUAGCAUAAUAAUAGUGUUGAAUCUACAGUUUGCCUACUGCUGCAUCAGUCACGAGUAUCUGAUCAUGUUCACUCCUCAAGGUCUUGGUUUUGGUAGAUAUUAAACAUUUAAGGUCAUAUGCAAUACAGGAGUAUUCUGUAAAGAUGAUUUUCAGGAGGAAGUAGUGUGUUGGGUUCCAUUAAAAGACACACUGGCAGAACAACUGAGGCGAUGGUUCCAGAGGAUCAUGCGUAGUGAAAGUACAUGUAAUUCUGUCCUUUUGUGUUAUAAAUGAUCAGAACCUCCUUUCUGUAGAUCCAUUAAUGUAACCACAAUGGUUAGAUAGAGUCAAGCAGAUCUUCCUCUGUCUUCACAUUGAUGCAUCAGAGCACUUUGACUUGCUGAUAUAUUGUAAAUUUGAGAAUUAUAAGUGUUUCUAUGCUCUGUGUCAUAUUAACAAUACUGUAUGUGAUACUGGUCUUUUUUUUCCUGUAUUAACGAUCAGCAUGAUUUUCUGCUGAAAAUAAAAUGAAUGCUAAAUAUGCACAGUG